CUCACUUCACAGCUCAGCCGUCUACUUGACGAUCGCAACACGCUCAAUCUCGCAUCGCCUCGUGCAAAGACUGAGCUGUAGAGCCCGCUCCUCUGCGCCGCAUCACACAAUGGCGCCCUCCUCAACGACAACACCGCCCACCUCAUCAUGGCUUGACAAGGUCUACCUCGUCUACUUUGCCAUCCACAUCCCCGUCAUGCUCUGCGUCGACCUGGUCCCCCUCUACCCGCACUCACUCUGGGUCCCGGCCUCGGCGCCCCUGCACUUCCUCCACGACCUGCGCGCCUGGUACCUCGCCACCUAUGCGGACCAGUUCUUCGCGGCCCCGCCCGCCGUGGCCCCGGCCUUCUUCACCUUCUUCACCCUCCUCGAGCUCGUGUUCCACUUCCCCGUCUCCGUCUGGGCCGUGCGCAGGCUCGGCGGCAAGCAGCUCGACGGCGCCGCCGAGCUGGUCCUGCUGGUGUACGGCAUCGAGACGGUCCUGACCACCGCGUGCUGCAUGUUCGAGGCGUACCACUGGGAUGCCGCGCUCGUCACGAGCGAGCAGCGCGUCAUGUUGCUCACGGCCCUGUACGGGAGCUAUCUCGCUGUUGCCACACUCCUCAGUGUCGACAUGUACGCCCGGCUUCUCAACCGCGUCAGCCCUUCCUCGGCUGGUCAUAUCGCAAAGAAGCUGCAGUAGUGCCCUGCAGCCCAUCUGAUCUCAUUCAGCGCGGUGAGCCCGGGCGAUCAUUGAACCGAGGAAAGACCAGGAGGGUGCUGUUCGGGGCCCUCACUUUCGUUGGAUGAAAAGCUGCUAGACACGCCUGGCAAGCAUUGAACGUUGUACAGGCGUGAGAAGGGCAUCGAGUUUGCCAGUAUGUUUUGGAUUCUAGAGGCCGCGACAUGGUUGUCAGUGCACCAGCCUUGCCUCUGCGUAUUGAUACAAGAUUUCGGGAAAUCUGGCUAUGUAGAGGACGCAAGUGCCAGACGGUAUAGACGCUUCGAACUGUCUUCAUCACACGCCAUACAUACACACGCUAGCAUAUCGUCAGGCAGCAUCCCCAUGCGUGAGACGAUUUCACGUUCGAACAUUGAAUCCUCGUGGUCCUCCACAUCCCCUGUAUAUUCAACUAGACAAGAGCCAGAACUCCAAGCAGUUUUUCUUUUCAAAU